AUGGCUUUAUCCAUUCAUAAAGGAAUGUAUGAAUCAUCAUUAAUGGACAGGAGUCAACCUUUCAGGUAUUGCGUUGCCACACACAAGUUACCAGAGAUUAUACUUGUUAUAAUGGGUCAGAAGAAUAGCAAAUUAAGGGUGACUGAGACGGAUAGGGCUGUCUUACAACUGAAAAGGUCGAAGGAUGAGAUACACAAGUUCACCCGGAGGACAGACUCUCUUAUAUCGCAAGAGAGAGGUACUCUAAAACAGCUAAUAAGGGAAAAUCCAAGUGCUUACAAGAAGGAUGUGAAAGUGCGGUUUUUGUUAAAGAGAAUCCAUUAUCAAGAAACGUUGUUACAACAGGCGUCAGAUCAAUUGAUAAAUUUGGAAAACAUGGCAUCCACUUUGGAAUUCAAAUUGAUUGAAAAACAGUUUAUAAAUGGAUUGAAGAAUGGGAACGAUAUAUUAACGAAAUUGAACCGAGAGUUCGAGAAGGAAAAUGUGUCCGAACUAAUGGAUAAUGUGCAGGACCAGAUUGCCUACCAAGAAGAAAUAGAUGGUAUAUUAUCGCAGAGUAUAGCAGGAGUGAACGACUACGAAGACGAAAUAGACAAGGAGCUAGAUCAGAUGGAGGCUGAGGUACUGGCCAAGGAGUUACCAUCUACCGACCAUGUGGCACCAAUACAAGUGCCCCAAACUAAACCUGAACAGGUAUCCAAGCCUGAAGGUGAGCCUGAGCCUGAACGUGAACGUGAACGUGAGCCUGUAGCAUUACUUUCAUAG